GCCUGGAAGCGCGAAGCGUCCAAAAGCCGGAUGAGAGAGGGAAAUAAAAUCUGCAGAAGUGUGUUAGUUUGAAUUAAAACUCAUUUAACAUACAACAGCGAUUUCCUUUCGGAAUGAGGUGUCGCAGCACUAGUGUGCGUCAGAUCUCCAUUGCCUCUGAGCCUGAUCGCACAUUUUUUCUUAAGUUAGACUGGGCUGGGGAUCUUGGAUCUGGCUUUGUUAUCCUUCUGUCCGAUGGCAUCUCUGCAUGGAGUGGUGAAGUUUCAGAGGAGGAUGUGUCCCGUGAAGCUCAGGAGAUCGAGAUGGAGCGGGAGCGGUAUGUUGGUGACCUGCACCUGGCUCUGACCGGAGAGGGACCGGCAGCGGAGGGCCAAUACAGCUUCCACCUGACACCUGAGAGACCCGGUCGCCCCCUGCUGCAGCUGUCUUAUGAGAAGGUGCAGAACGACAUCUCGUUCAGGCUCGGCGUAGUGGACCUGCAGGCGGUGCCUGAGCCCACUGAAGUCAUAAGGGAGCUCAUUAGUCACGGCCUGGAGCAGAGCGCACGUCUACAGGCCAAAAACCAGCACCUGCUUGAGGAGAACCAGAAGCUGAGGAGAGAACAAGAACACAUCACUAAAGAGAUGGAAAGGUACGUCCACGGGAAGGAGACGUUGGAGAGAGAUCUGUACAGCCGAUUUGUGCUGGUCCUAAAUGAGAAGAAGGCCAAACUCAGAGACCUGCAGAAGAGGGUCAAAGAGCUGGAGGAAUCUGUUGAAAAGAAUCGACUUAGGAAAAAGGCAGAUAAUGACAACAACGAAACAAUGGAGACUGCAGCAGAAAAGAGUCCUGGAGAAGAGAGUGAUUAUGGAGGCAGUACAGAAGAUGAACAGGAGGCUGAACCCAGACAGCCUGACUCGAAGCCUCUUACACAAGAGAUGCCAGAAAGCAACCCGAUGGACGACAGCCUAAAUGACAUCACAGAUGUGGCCCCCUGCCGCAAACGCCGCCACCGACAUCUCCAACAGCUGGAGACUGAAGCCAAACGAGCAGCUCUGGACCAGCGACAGAGAUCCAGAAGAACAAGAAGAGAGAGAAUGACAGGGAGGGAGAGCGACAGAAAGACGUGGAUUCAUUUGGCCCCUGGCUGAAACUGUGCUGUCCUCCAGUCUCCCAGCACCUGCCUAGAGAUGGAUCUGGCAGAGCAUGACAACAGACAACAAUCAGGCCAGUUACACUGCAUUAAUCCAGAUCUCAGCAAGUUUGUUUGCUGCCGAUCGCUUUGUGGGUCUCUAGCUCAAGUUGUACCCCACAAUCAAAGGGAAAAAAAUAAUUUUCAUGUUAAUAUACAAUUUUUUUUUUCAUUUUUCAUUGUGACAUCAUCCCAAAUCCCAUCCCAAAUUCACAUUAAAUUCCAUAACAUGAAAACUCAUGUUUUGAAUACAAAAAGUAGUACAAUGGUGUAUACU